UUCUUCAGCUGUACCUUCGAGCCUCCCAAUACAGAGUAGUCUCUCUCUCUAGAUUCAUUGAAUCUGAAAGUAAAACGCCUUCACCGUCGAGCUCUUUGUUUAUCCUUCUUCUUGCUGCAACCAUGUCUCUCUUGUCUGAUCUCAUCAACUUGAACCUCUCUGAUACUACUGAUAAGAUCAUUGCAGAAUACAUAUGGAUCGGUGGAUCUGGUAUGGAUCUUAGAAGCAAAGCCAGGACACUUAAUGGAGUAGUGAGUGAUCCUCAUAAGCUUCCAAAGUGGAACUAUGACGGUUCAAGCACCGGCCAAGCUCCCGGAGAAGACAGUGAAGUCAUCUUAUACCCACAAGCAAUAUUCAAGGACCCAUUUAGGAGGGGCAACAACAUCCUAGUGAUGUGUGAUGCUUACACUCCAGCUGGAGAGCCAAUCCCAACUAACAAGAGAUACAAUGCAGCAAAAAUUUUCAGCCAUCCAGAUGUUGUUGCUGAGGAGCCUUGGUAUGGUAUAGAGCAAGAGUACACCUUGUUGCAAAAAGAUUUAAAAUGGCCAAUUGGGUGGCCUGUUGGUGGUUAUCCUGGACCUCAGGGUCCUUACUACUGUGGUGCUGGUGCUGAUAAGGCUUUUGGCCGUGAUGUUGUUGACUCCCACUACAAGGCAUGCCUUUAUGCUGGAAUCAACAUUUCUGGCAUCAACGGGGAAGUGAUGCCUGGCCAAUGGGAAUUUCAAGUUGGCCCUUCUGUUGGCAUCUCAGCUGGAGAUGAGUUGUGGGUUGCCCGUUACAUUCUUGAGAGGAUCACAGAAAUUGCUGGAGUGGUCGUUUCCUUUGACCCAAAACCUAUCGCGGGAGACUGGAAUGGAGCUGGUGCGCACACAAACUACAGUACCAAGUCCAUGAGAAAUGAUGGAGGUUUUGAAGUUAUCAAGAAGGCCAUUGGAAAUCUUAAAUUGAGGCACAAGGAACACAUUGCUGCUUACGGAGAAGGCAAUGAGCGUCGUCUGACUGGUCGCCAUGAAACAGCUGACAUCAACACCUUCUCUUGGGGUGUGGCGAAUCGUGGAGCUUCAGUUAGAGUUGGCAGGGAUACAGAGAAAGCUGGGAAAGGUUACUUCGAAGACAGAAGGCCUGCUUCCAAUAUGGAUCCUUAUGUUGUCACCUCCAUGAUUGCAGACACGACCAUUCUCUGGAAACCAUAAGAGAUCACCACCAUACUUGUUCUCUGGUUGAUUAUUGUGAUUGUUGGGCCUUGUCUUUGCAUGAGGAAGCCUUGAUAAGCUCUCUGCCUAGUUAGAACUUGCUAUUCCCAUGGUAUUAUUAUCUUGGUACAAGAAUUGCCUCGUCGUUUUCCCCGUAAUUGAAAGAAAAUAAAAUUAGUAGCAUAGAUGGCAGAUUAUUAUUGGAAACAAUAAGAGUGCAACGAAGAAUUGCCUCUUCGUUGUCCAUUUCCUGAAUUUAGUGUUGUUUUUUCCUUGAAAUGAAUUAAAAAUCAAGCUUCCCCUCCGUCCAUU